GGGGUCACGCGUGUCCCCCGCUUCUCCCCGCAGUUCCUCGCGCAGCUGAUGACCUUUCUCAUCAGCAUCGUCAGCUCCAUCUUCUGCGGACACCUGGGCAGAGUCGAGCUGGAUGCUGUCACGCUCGCGGUCUCGGUUGUGAACAUUACGGGCAUUUCAGUUGGAACCGGCCUGGCCUCCGCUUGUGACACGCUGAUGUCUCAGUCCUUCGGAGGCAAGAACCUGAGGCGCGUGGGGAUCAUCCUGCAGAGAGGCACCCUCAUCCUGCUGCUGUGCUGCCUCCCCUGCUGGGCCGUCUUCAUCAACACCGAGAGCCUCCUCCUGCUGCUCAGGCAGGACCCUGAGGUGUCCAGGAUGGCCCAGACUUACGUGAUGAUCUUGAUCCCUGCUCUUCCUGCAACAUUCCUGUUCCAGCUGCAGGCAAGAUAUUUACAAAGUCAGGGCAUCCUGAUGCCUCAAGUCAUCACCGGGGUGGCAGCGAAUGUCCUCAAUGUGGGCAUGAACGCCCUCCUGCUGUAUGCCCUGGACCUGGGAGUGGUGGGCUCAGCGUGGGCGAACACCGCCUCCCAGUUCUUCCUGUCUGCACUUCUCUUCCUGUACAUGUGGUGGAAGAAAGUCCACGUCGACACCUGGGGAGGCUGGACCAUGGACUGCUUCCAGGAGUGGGGCCUCUACAUCCGGCUGGCCGUCCCCAGCAUGUUCAUGCUGUGCAUCGAGUGGUGGACCUUCGAGAUCGGAACCUUCCUGGCAGGACUGGUGAGCGUGACCGAGCUCGGGGCCCAGGCGGUCAUUUAUGAACUGGCUUCUGCAGCCUACAUGGUGCCCCUUGGCCUUGGCACGGCUGCCAGUGUGCGCGUGGGCAACGCCCUGGGGGCUGGGGAGGCUGAGCGGGCGCGGCAGGCCUGCGUCACCGCCCUCCUGUGUGCAGGGGCCUGUGCGCUUGUUGUGGGCGUGCUGCUCGCUGCCCUGAAGGAUGUGGCUGCCUGCGUGUUUACCAGCGACAGGUACGUGCCGCCUCCCAGAAGAACGUGGUUCGUUUCACGCUUUCUUCACUGCACUUUUCUGAGAGGUAAGCAGCCUGUGGUGCGGCCAGGAGCGAGGGCCACAGCGCUGCACCUGAACGAGUCUGAGCGCAGGAAGCCCAUGGGACCCCCUCCCCUCCUCCGAGACCCAGCUCAGACGGGAAGCGUGCCGCCUCCUGCAGUGGCCUUCGUCCUCGGGACGCUGCGCCUCGAGCAGCGGCUUGUCCGUGAGCGCGCCGGCGCCGGGGUUCGUGCUCGUGGGGGUCUAGGCCCGUUGCUGAGUCACAGCCUGCAGGCAUCUGAAGCAAGCGUCGCUGCCGCCUCAGGCAGCCUCUCCCUGGUGCCACUCCGGGCUCGGUCGUUCACACCGCUGUUCCGUCUCCAGGCCUCAGCUGGCCCGACGCUAGAGCUUCCAGUGCGCUUCUCCAGCCACGGCGACUUAAGAGGGUUCUGCGGCAUCUCCAGCCUGCGGGCUCUGGGCUCACGCUCUCCGUCCGUCACGAGGGCCCUGCCUUCCCUCCUCUCCUUGCGUAACGGGGGUGCUGCGGCUCGCAGUUUCAGGAGCACCCCUCCUUGGUGGCGGAACCCCCUGGAGGAACCCUGGGACUUCGGUGUCACAGCCACGCUGAAGAUGUGGCCCCUGUGGCUGGACACCGGCUGUGGCGAGACUGGAGGAGAGCAAGGCCGUCACCACCUGGCGCUGGGCGUGACUGGUUUUCAGCCAGACUUAAACGCGGUUACCCGGCGGGUGUCUGGCGAAUCCCGCUGCGGGUGCUGCGGGGCACCUCCAGAGGCAGGCGCUUCCCGCUACCUCCCUGCGAGGGACGGCGCGCUCACGGCUCUCUCCCCUCAGGGCACCUCUGGCGGAGUGCUGAGGGGCGCGGGCCAUCAGAAGAUGGGUGCCUGCCUGAACGCCGUUGGCUAUUACCUUCUCGGUUUUCCGCUGGGAGUCUCUCUGAUGUUUGCUGCUCAGCAAGGGAUCGUAGGUCUCUGGUCCGGACUGUUGGUCUGCGUCUUCUUUCAAGCCCUUUUCUACCUGCUGUGGAUCUGGAGGAUAAACUGGAACAGCGUCGCAGAGCAGGCGCAGGUUCGAGCCGGGCUGAAGACGAUUAAAGAGGCCGCCCCGUCUGCCCCGACAGGUCCACACGUCCCAGGAAAAGAGGAGUCUGCUGCAGUGAUUCUCUCCGACGUCGUCCGACCAGAGACGCAGGCCACGCAGCUGGCGGCGGUGGGAGACCGCGGCCAGGACGCGGCGGGCACUGUCGGGGAGGUCCUGUCGGGGAGGCAGCUGGUCGUCUAUCGCGGGACGGCUGUGGCUUCGGCUGUUGCUGUUUUAGCAGCAGGAGUUCUAGUGAGAGUUCUCAGCCACCGCCGCUGACGCUGAUCGCCGCCGGCCCACGAGCCAGAAGUGACGACUGUGCCCGGCGUGAGCACGGGACGCGGCCGUGCCCCUGGACAGUGGUGUCGCUCUCGGCGGGGGUGAAGGGUGUCGCAGACAUUCUGUUCGUUAUUCCGAGAACCCGCGCUCUCUCACUGAAGAGCAAGGAAGGAGUUAAAUUUGA